AUGGCCAACACUAGCGAAAGCUCUGACGAAUUUUACGAUGCACUUGAGGAGUUGAACCCUCGAGUGGACAAAACCAGCGGCGCUACGAAGAGUCAACGAUUUCACGAGUUGCGCCACAGCAUGCAAAACGACGAAGACGAGAAUCCUGGCAAUAUACUGACGCCUGACUCACAGAAUAGUUCUGCCGAGGGUGUGUAUAUUUCCACCAGUCGAUCGAACUAUCCCUUUCGGGUUAUUGAGAGUGAUGUCGCUAGCAUUCACAGCAUAUCUUCACUCGGUAUCGUCGGUCGUAUCAUGGCAGGUGGCAGCGUUGACGCUAGCGGCCUCAACGUUGGAAAAGACUCAUCUAAAAGGGUGGCCUUAAAACCAGCGGAGCGUUCUUCAACCGAUCCGGACGUGAUCACCAGCACGAAACAGCAGAUGUCAGCCUCCAAAGGGCCGAUCUUUUCGGUCGCUGUCGCAGCCGAGCGACCUGUUGUACCACCGAGACGCAAGAAGAAACAGCGUAAAGUAUCGAGUAGCUCGUCAGAACAGUUCAACACGAACGAGGGACUCAGCUUGCCGGCAGCAGACAGCUCAUCCAGCGAAGUGUUGAUGGUAAAACUACCGCCACCACUAGUCACCGGAACAAUAAGAAAGGAUAGUAGAGGCACCAACACAAACAGCUCCAGCACCACAGGAAGCCAUGGCGGCAACAGUGCCAGUGGAUCUGAGGCGAUUACCACAACCGUUGAUAGCUACCAUGGCCCAACGUUGCCCUCUCCCGUGACACUGGAAUCGAUUACACGGGAAAUCGAAAACUCCUUUGAAGAAGCGGCCAGUGUGGUUGUAACAACCAGUAUAUCUCCCGACGCAUCCAGCAACAGUAGCCCCUCGGCGGGUGUUGCAGCGAUUGGUGGCUCAGGAGAUCGAAGCGACGUUCAGUCACGAAAAUUGUUGACGGGAUCGAUGAACCGCCUGACACAUGUAGUGGGAAGCGUCUGGGAGUCGGGUAUCGGAGGGUCGGUAGUGUCGCCACUUGGCAGCAGUAACUGUCCACCGGCCACCGGCACCUCCACUUCCUCCGUCAGUCCGUCCGGCAGUAUUAAAAGCAAUUCAGCGCCGGCGCGCGUGAGUUUGAUUGACGGCGGACAUGGACUGAACAUCUAUAAAGCGAUCAAGGGCCAGUACGUUGUAAAGCCGACGGACGGAGCAUUCAACAAGGCGGAAGGACCAUCGCGCGAAGAAAUCGCGCGGCUUGAACGUAUCCGGAAAGAGUUCCUCAACAACGUUGGUCCAACGACACCGCUGGUGGCAACCUCGUCCGCGCCAAUUGGCUUUCCCAGCGUUAAUAGCGGCGUCGGCGGAGGAAGUGGCGUUCAUCGAAAGAACCUGUCCUACACGGGCACGAGCAGUUUGGAGAGUGGAACGCGCGUUAGUACUUUCGCUAAGCAGCUGCGCUUGAAGGAACGACGCAAAUCCGCCGGCGAUGAGGAUAUGCUCAAGCAGCUAAACAUGUACGUCCGGACACACACUGAUUCCGGCAAGCAGCUUACGGAUAUGGAAAUUCUCGAGCAGGUGCCAGUGAAGAAUUUGGAUACCGGUGAAAACUUUCCACUGUCAGCAGUCGAAGAGAAACUACCGCAAUGUAUCAACCCGCUUUCGCUGCAUAUCAUGCGCCUGACGAGUCACAUACCGGAGACAGACGAAGAGUCGGUCGGUCCCCAACCAGACUCCGACCUGGUGCUGCAACCAGGAUACGAGGAAGAGCUCGAAUCAGAAGGUGGCGAAGGAGGUCGAUUGAAGCGCAGGACCGCCAAGCUGAAGCGCUUCUUCCGCUCAACGGCAAAGAAAACCGUCAACAAGGCGAAAUCGAUCGCGUCAGAGGUAUCGCACGCGCGCCACAAAGAAGAUGUUGCUGAUAUACAAGAUGUAAGCAAUCCGGAGCAGAACAUCAAGAUUAAAGCAUCCAGUACGAACAAGGGACCGUACGAUUUUGCCAAACUGCAACACGUGCAGGACUUGUCCGGUGAGCACACCGUGGCGGUAUGGUGUAUGAAGUUCAGCAGUUGCGGACGGCUGCUGGCCACCGCCGGGCAAGAUCGAAUGCUGCGUAUCUGGGUGCUGAAGGAUGCGUACCCAUUCUUCCAGGACAUGCGCACCAAGUACAACGCGGAUCAGAAAUCGUCACCGACGCCGUCGCAAGAAUCGCUAAAUUCUUUACACAAUUCUUCGCACAUCUCGGCCGAAGUGGAAGCGAGUGCACUCGAAGCAGCUGCAGACAACUCACCCGGUCCGUUUAUGCCCAAGUCAUUCUGUACAUACACCGGUCACACCUCGGAUUUGCUCGAUUUGUCCUGGUCGAAAAACUACUUCCUGCUGUCGAGUUCGAUGGACAAAACUGUUCGCCUCUGGCACAUAUCCCGUCGCGAAUGCCUCUGCUGCUUUCAACACAUCGACUUCGUGACGGCGAUUGCAUUUCAUCCUCGCGACGAUCGCUAUUUUCUCAGUGGCAGCCUUGACGGGAAGCUACGACUAUGGAACAUCCCGGAGAAGAAAGUAGCACUAUGGAAUGAGGUCGAUGGCCAAACAAAGCUGAUAACGGCGGCAAACUUCUGCGAAAAUGGCAAGUUUGCCAUGGUCGGUACGUACGAUGGGCGGUGCAUUUUCUACAACACCGAUCAGCUGAAGUAUCACACACAAAUCCAUGUUCGUUCAACUCGCGGGCGAAAUGCAAUAGGACGGAAGAUUAGUGGCAUCGAAUCGAUGCCAGGAGAGGAUAAAAUUCUGGUGACUUCCAACGACAGUCGCAUCCGGUUGUACGAUUUACGGGAUCUAAACCUUAGUUGCAAAUAUAAGGGAUACUUCAACUCGUCGUCGCAGAUCAAGGCUUCCUUCAGCCACGAUGGCAAGUACAUCAUAUCGGGCUCGGAAAACCAGUGUAUCUACAUCUGGAAAACGCACCAUGAGUAUAAUAAACUCAGCUCGGUACGCCGCGAUCGGAGCGACUUUUGGGAAGGCAUCAAAGCGCACAACGCAACGGUCACCUGUGCGAUCUUCGCACCGCACCCAGAGGCAAUCAUCAAAUCGGAUCCAGACGAGAUAAAUUUGGACAAUUUAAAUGUGUCCAUGAACCAAUCAUCGGUGUCGAAAUCAGAGCAACAGCGCAAGAAUGGUUGCCGUGGCUACGUGCUGGUUAGUGUCGACUUCAACGGCUGCAUCAAGGUGUUCGUAAACAAGACGAAACCCAAACACAGCAGUUUGCCCUACACAGCCAUAGCAGAAUAAGUGUGGGCGGCGUGCCGCGGACACCAUCGAUGAACAUUGAACUAGUGUAACCCUUCUUAAGCA